CGUCAAGCUCUCAAACCCAAACGUACGUCUACUCAAUCGCCAUAUUGGCUUCGAGGAAGCUGCUGUGUGCACUUUCCUCUGGGUUUUCUUUUUUCCCCUCAGCGGAUUUAAAGUGACAAGAAGCGGCUGCGAGUUGACGGAGGUGACGUUUGAAUGGCGUGAACAGCUUUUUACCCCUCUUCAGCCUACAUUGCGUUUUACUUUUAUUUUUUCGGAUCCUACCCAGCGAAAAGUUGUUGUUUUUUUCGCCCUGCAAAAAGUGGACCCUCCCGGCUGUUUUUGUGCGUCUUUCUCGGUGGUGGAGGGGGGCGGGGGAUUAAAACAAAAAAAUGUCCGAUGUUCGACUUUCCAACGGCAGCCCGACGUUGGAGCGGAACGAGCCGCGCUUGUCGGAGCACCCGAAGCCGUCAGCCUGCCGGAUCCUAUUCGGUUCGGUGGACCACGACGAGCUCCAACGGGAUUUCAAGAGACACCAGCGGGAGAUGGAGGAGGCCGCCGCCGCCAAGUGGAACUUCGACUUCGGCUCGGACAUCCAACUGGAAAACGACACCGGAUACCGCUGGGAGCUGGUGGACUGUCGCGACGUGCCGGGAUUCUAUACGCGGCCGCCGCGGCUGAAGCGAAGAGGCUCGGGGAAUAACCAUGUGGAUGUAAACGGGAACCACCGCUGUGUUGUCCGGGAGCCUGCGGAAGAGCGUGCGGGUGGACCGACGUCGUGCCCGGAGCAGUGUACCGCGUUGAGGAAGAGACCGGCCAGCCACGAGCCCACUACCCAAAAUAAGAGGUCGCACAGCAGCCCGGCUGAGUAUCCAAACCGGAGUCGCUCCGCCGAACACACGCCCAGAAAGAGGAGCGGAAGCCCGGGGAGGCAAACGUGAGACGCACGGAAAUGACUGCUAGUACAAGACGGCGAUCCAAGACCGGUCUCCCGUUGAAACUGUCGCGGCCCUUAUCAAAAUACCACAACGGAGAUCCCGGACAGAUGAGCAUGCACAUCAAGUGAGAGGAUUCCACUUUGUUUUGAUAUUUUUGCAAAUACUUUUUUUCCCUCUGUUGUGGAAAGUUUGUUGUCAUUGCCAAAGAUGCUCUCUUUGAAGUUAAGACGCGCCACCCUUGCCUUUCUGUUGCCUCCACACUUCCUGCCAGGCAACCACAGGAAGCCACCUGCAGCCGUGCGGCUUUGUGCACGAGCCGGGCCGGGCCCACGGAUCUGCGUCCAGUGUGCAGGUGUGUAACUUCAGCUCAAGCCGUCAACCCCCACCCUUAGCCGGGCCCAUUGUCCCAGUGUGUGGGGCUUUGUAGCGAGGGCCAUUGUAAGGGGCCAGGGGCCGGCCACUGUUGUGUCUGGGCGGACAAAGGUGCCCCCCGAUCCCCCACGUCCACAAACCUACACCCUCACUGACUGCUUGACUAGUUGGCUUGCUGCUUGACUAACUGACUGCAAGUGUGUGCGUGUGCGUGUGUGUGUGCGUGUGCGUGUGUAAAUGAAUAAACAGGAUUUAAAUUUUUUGUGCAUAUGUGAAUGGACAGACACUAUUUACUCUUAAAAUUGAGUUAAUAAUGCAAUUUCCUGUUUUUUUGACACUUGGAUAAACAUGAAAAUGAGAAAGCAGCAUACCAGGAGGAAGGAAUAACAAAAUUCAUGACAGCCUUGCUAAAACAAGUCUGACUGAUUUCUGUGGUGAAUGAUUCAGUCGUGACUUCAAAAAAAGAAAAAAGUCAAAAGGUCAAAGUUCACCCACGAUGAUGCAAUAGUGUCUGUUCUUGCAGAAGAAAAAUUCACCUCUUCUUUUUGUGUAAUUGCCGUCACACUCCAUCGGCGCCACCGAAAAAUAACACAACCACAGUCAGCUUUGAGGAAAUUCCAGUGAAGCUCCUCGGCUCAAACUGUUCUUUUCCUUGUAAAGUCCGCUCGGCUGUCUGCCCGGGCAAGUGCCCCACUUCUUGCUUAUCUUUUCCUGUUAGCCUCCCCAGCACUUCAUAUGAAGCCGCAAGUUCCUCCCUGAGCUUCCUCACUGCGUCAUCAGGCUCACCUUCACCCGUGGUUAGAAAAAAUCUCUCUGGUUAUAUAGUAAUAAUAAUAACAAUAAAUAAAUAAAUAAUAUAAAAUUAAAAAAAUAAAACUUUUUCCAAAACUUUUUUUUUGUUCUGCCGAGUAACGCUGCUCACGUUCUUUUCUCUUCCUUGAGACGACAAAAAAGUUUUAAAUAAUUCAACAUUUUUAUAAAAUACUGAGAAAACGGUGCAAAAAAUACAAAAGAAAAAUAUACAUAUGUAUGUAAUGUCAUUAAAUAGCAAAGAUAUACUUUAAUACAUACUUUAAUAUUUUUCUCCAGUAAGCUUAUGUACACACUUUGUCCAUACUUGGAUGUGCUUUUGUAAUAUUUGCAUUUCCCACACAAGUGCACGCACACACACGCACACACACGCACACACACACGCGCACACGCACACACACACACACACACACACACACGCACACACACACACACACACACACACACACUUCAGACGCUAACAGACCCAACCACGUUGUCAUUGUGUGUGUGUAUGUUUGCUUAACUUGUACAAGUGCUCUCUCUUGUCCAGAAGCUCCGUGAUGCAGCUGUCCACCAUGGUGGACAGACAGCCUGCAGACCAAAGUCCAGCACACCACUGAAGGUAAAUGCAGCACGUUCAAAGUGGACUCACGGGCAGGCAAGGCAGCUGCGAUGCCAGCAACUGUUGCUCCGUCUAAUUGCGGACGCGGGCCGACAGAAGCGGCUCGCCCUCAGCUGCCGCCGGCCGACUCCGUCUGUCACAAAGGCUGACAAACACACGCGGGCGCGCACCUGUCGGCUGGUAUCUGCUAGCACGUAGCCUGGCCAGACAGGUGGCGUCCGCGCAAACCCCGAGCUGGACUUGGACCGGCCGCUAAUGACAAACGCUCACCCGGCUGGGCCAUGUCGGGAGGAGCGUAAUUGCAAAGUUCACUCAAACGGAUCAGAGAAAAAGUUGUUUCGGGCCUGGCUAGAGAGACAUGUGGUGUCCAUAACUGGCUCUUUAGCGGCUAAAUGCUCCUCUUUGUUCAGCGGCGGCUCUAUCAGAAAUGUGUAUCUGUGCUGAGCUGGGUUUUUCUUAACCCCCACAGCUCUCCUCUGAACGUCCUAUACAAUACAAUGGAGCGGCUUGUCGGCCUUGGCGGAGGUCCGAGUCCUCUGAGUGUCACCAAUUUGAUUUGGAGUUUUAUAGAUUGAGUAACAUGCGGCGGUGUAAUGAGAAAGGGCUGCUGGUGCUGUUGUUUUUUUUCGCUGUGCAAACCACUGACAUGGCCGCUUAUAGUUGUUUGCGUCUGAUUUACGGCUGCCGAGUAAUUUGGUCUUUGCAGAGAACUAUUUUCAGCACCAUAUAAGCCUCUUCCAGGACAAAACUGACAAGGAGACACACAGGCUUGGUUUUCCUGACUUUUUUUUUUUUUAACAUCAGUAUUCCCUGACCUUUAGUGACCCAAGGUAUAUAGUUUAAAGUACGGUUAGGGUUUCUAAGUAGGGUUUCAUAUUAGGGGUUCCAAGUAUACACUUAUAGUAGUUUUUAAAUAACGUGUAUGCAUAUAUACGCCUAAAUAUUGUUAUCCAAUAUAUCUACUGCAAUUUUACAUUAGAUUGCUGGUUUGAAAUGUACUUUUAAUAUGAUUAUUAUUAUUUUUUUAAAUAAACAUUUAUGUUCAAA